AUGGCAGACGAGACGAAAGGUGCCAGCGCCAUCAAGCUGGACACCGCCGACCUCACGCCACUCAAACCACAAGAGGAAGAGCAGACGAGCUCCCGGUCACCAAGGACACAUGUGCCCACAGACUCCAUGGUCACAGUGCCACUAUCAGAGACGGACGGAGGGAGCAAUGAAGACGAGCAAGGAGUGAGGGAGUCAAUGAUGCAGCCCGAGAUCGUGGUAGGGGACCAGCUCAGGACCUCCUGCCGAACCAAUUCGAGCGAGAUACGGAGGGCCUUUGGAAGAAGGCGCAGCGAUACGAGUAUCGAGGCUGGUACCGUCGAUAGCCCGACCGUCUCUGCUGAAGACACCAAUGUCCCCCUAUCACCCACGUUGGAGCCGAGGGGUCGGAGCAACAGCGAUGGCUCUGGCUCGGGGAACAGCGAGCAGGUGGACUGGGCAGAACUGGAAAAGAAGGAAGAGCAGGAGCCUGCUAGUGAGGAGGAGGCUAUGGCACUACUGCUUGCACGCCUCGAGCAGGAGAAUGAUGCCAUCAUGUCCAACUCCAAAGCCGGCAUGAAAAUCAGUCGCGCCCGCAGCCAGUCCCGCCCACCGUCCUUCAAUCAGCUCAAGCGACUGGUACAAGAUGAAGCCUCGGCCUCACAAGUACGCUUCUCCCAGCUCCCCUCGCCCCCACCCAUGACUGAACUCGAGUUCUGGGCUGUCUUGGUUCGCGACUAUCCUCAGACUGUCCAGCGGCUGCCAACGCUCUGCAUAAACAAGAUUCGAGGAGGGAUACCAGCGCCUCUGCGAGGAGUCGUGUGGCAAAGCGCAUCCGGCGCGAGGGAUAAGCUCAUCGAGGAUCAGUAUGAUGCGCUGUGUGGCGAGUCGAGUCCCUAUGAAAAUCUCAUCAACAAGGACCUUGGGCGAAGCUUUCCAGGCGUGGAGAUGUUCAAGGAUCCCGAGGGUGAGGGGCAAAAGAUGCUGGGCCGCGUGCUAAAGUGCUUCAGUCUGUACGAUCAUAAGAUUGGGUACUGCCAGGGCUUGGGUUUCCUCGUGGGCCCCCUGUUGAUGCAGAUGGGUGACAAGGAAGCCUUCUGCGUUCUCGUUAGACUCAUGGAAGACUACGAUCUCCGUUCCUGCUUCCUGCCUGACCUCUCUGGUCUCCAUCUCCGCAUCUUCCAAUUCCAAAAACUCCUCGAGCAACACAUGCCACAAUUGGCUCGUCACCUCGACGACCUCGGCAUCGAGUCUGCAUACCUAUCCCAAUGGUUCCUCUCCUUCUUCGCCGUCACAUGUCCACUACCCAUGCUUUUCCGCAUCUACGACGUACUCUUCGCCGAAGGUGCCUCGGAAACCAUAAUGCGUGUCGCACUCGCUCUCAUGAAGCGGAACGAAGCGAAGCUCAUCUCUCUCACCGAGAUGGAAGAUGUAAUGCAACUGUUGCUGGGCCGACAGAUGUGGGACCCUUACGGCCGGAAUGCGGGAUCUGCUGAUGAACUGGUGCACGACUUUGUCAGCUUCACCAAUGAUGUCACGCGCGAACGACUUCAGGGACUCGAGCAGCAGUACAAGGAGGCACAGGAAAAGGAAUCGACGAAGCAAGAAGUACAGAAGAGCGCUACCUCGUUCCUCGGCCGGUUAUGGGGCCCCACGAGCUCGUCGACAAAAUCGAUGAGCUUAAGCCCUGGGUUAUCGGCGCCUUCACGGCCUGUCAGCUUCCUUCGACGAUCAGCAAGCAAACAAAGUCUGGCUUCGACGCUCAACUCUACAGCGGAGUCGGAUGCCUCGACUGGUACCCAAAGUACAGCCAUGACGGACCCGUCAAGAGGAUCAAGUGCAGACGCCAUGUCGCUCAAGUCCGGCCACGGAUCUGUUGCCAUGGGCCACUCGGCACGCGAUCGUGAUCUACAUUAUCAAAUCGAACAACUCUUAAUGUCGGUGAGCCAACUCCAACGCCAAAACAGUGAACUCGAAGCCGCGCUCCAGAAACAGCGCGAAGACCGACACGAAGACCACCACAUGGUGCGCUCCGUCAUUGACAAGAUGCGCAACAAAUCUUCGUCUCUCGCCCCUUUGGCUUCACGCCAAUCCCGCCGCCGCACCACAAUCACCUCUGCCUCUUCCACCCCUACAGAAAUCUCGGAUUCUCCAACUUCCCUCUCGGAAGAAACGCUUGAACUUGUCGAUACGCUUGAGUCCCGUUUCCCGGUAGAGCAAUAUGCAGACCACCGCACAUCGAGCAUGUUCGAAACGAAACAGAUGCUCCGCGAAAACCUGGCGCGUGCAAAGGAGCAGCUGAGCAGUGAGACCAUGCGUGCCACGGCCCUCGCUCGCGACCUCAACGAACGCGAUGCCGAGUUACAGAGUGCACGAGACGCACUCAAGGAAACGAGACAGCGACUAGCAGAGAGUUACAACGCGAACCAACGACAAGAAAAGACGAUACAGGAACUCCGUCGUGAUGCACGAAAAAUGAGCGCAGCGGCCAGUUGGACAGCUGGCGACUCCUCGCCCGACACACCACCGAGUCUAUCGCGCAGUACAACCAGCGACAGCAUAUCUGGCAACGGCCUCCGCGAAUUCCGCCUCGGACGCACACCCUCGCAGAAGUCCAUCCCGCCACCCCGCGAACGAGAGCAGCGAGAGCAAAGACAUUCGUCGACCUCAACCUCCAUCUUCGGCAAGAGAAGCAGCAGUCUUGCCACCCAGACCAUCCUCGCAACUGAGAACCAUGCACCCGCCGACAAUGAAUCGCUGCUCAUGGAGUUGGUGAAUGCCAAGACGGCGGAAGCGGUGGCGAGACAAGAACUCGAGGAGUUGAAGGCUAGAUUCGAGGGGAUGAAGAGAGUGAUGAGUGGCGGCAGUCCUGUGGCGACGCCCGGUGUUACACCGAGUGCUACGCCUGCAGCUAUGCCAAAGGAGGGUACACAGCAAGGAUGGGGAUGGGGCGGUUGGAAGAGAACGGUUAGCAGUGGUAAUAUUCUGGGGUAG